AUGGAGAGUGCUAGAGCAAGCAAAGCCCAGCAGAAGUAUCAUUCCGGCUACAAAACUCCUCACCGGGUUCAACCUAGCAAGCAUGAUAAUCCGAAAAGAGAUUUUGAUUCUCAUGAAUGUCAAGGUGAUGAUGAAUACGACCCUUUUCGAGUGGUGCAUGAGUUGAAGGUUGUGCCAUCAACAUAUUAUCAAUUGUUGAAAUUCCCAACUGCCGAGGGAAUUAAACAAAUAAGAGGUGACCAUCUGGCAGCAAGGGAGAUGAACGCAAUCUCAGUUUCCAGUAGCAAAGGGAAGGCACCUGUACCAAGAUAUUUCCAAGUGCCAGAAGAAACGGACGCAACAAAAUCCACAGCGGAAGAACUUGAGCAAGUUGCAUUGUUCGAAAAGUUUUUGGGGAGGAAGUUCUACUUGGGGACAGGGCUAAAUCCCGAGCUCAGGUAUCCCGCUAGAAGUGGACGUGCACAAACUAAGCUUGGAUCCCAACAUUUCUCCGGUAAGACAGAAAAAAACAUCCUAUUGCCGAGGUUAGAAGAAAAUGCAUCAAAGAAGAGGAAAGCCAUGGAGGUUUACAUAGACGGUAGGCUGGUUAAGUCAUUGAAUGCAGGUGAUCAUCUUAAACACCUGCAAGAAACCUUUGACAUCCUCAAAAAGCACAACAUAAAGCUCAACCCCGAGAAGUGUGCAUUCAGAGUCAGCUCCGGUAAGUUCAUGGGAUUCCUGGUAUCGCAAAGGGAGGUCAAGGUUAACCCUGAUAAAAUUAAUUCCAUUGAAGACAUCCUGGACCAGCUAUUAAGCAUGAAAGAGGUUCAAAGUUUGACAGGAAGACUGUCCGCUCUGAGCAAAUUCAUUUCCCGGUCUUCAAAAAAAUGCCAUUAA